AUGGCUAGAGCUGUGUUCCCAAGCUGCAACGUUAUGUUCGUCUCUUUCAACAAUUACUGCUCAGCAGCAUCGGGAAAGUCAUGUCUUCUCGUUCCUCCUUCACCAGCACCGUCGUCUCCUCCUAACAAUCCUCAUUCACCUCCUCCUCCACCACCAGGACCGUUGUCUCCUCCUAACAAUCCUCCUUCACCACCUCCUCCUCCACCGUCAGCACCGUCACCGUCGUCUCCUCUUAUCAAUCCUCCUUCACCACCAACUAUCCGUCCUCCUCCACCCAACACUACAUCUGUUGAUGCAGGGAGCGGAAAUUCUUCUUCAAAACUGAUUAUCGCCACUGUAAUACCGGCCAUCGGAAUUAUACUACUCUUCAUUUCAAUCUUCUGUUUUCUGAGAGUUAGAAAUGUAAAGAAACGAAGUACUAUAGUACAGACCACAGAUGUGACUACGGUUUCAGUUGAGGAGUCAACGCAAUAUGAUUUUGCUACUAUUAAAGCUAUCACAAACGAUUUCUCUACUGAAAAUAAAAUCGGCGAAGGUGGAUAUGGUUCUGUAUACCAGGGAAUGCUUCCUACUGGACAAGAAGUAGCUGUAAAACGGCUUUCGAGAAGCUCUGGACAAGGAGCUCAAGAAUUCAAGAAUGAGGUUGAAGUAGUUGCCAAGCUCCAACAUAGAAAUUUAGUAAGUGGUUAUAUGCCUACUGACUAUGCAAUGCACGGAGAAUUUUCUGUAAAGUCUGAUGCUUGGGAACAGUGGAGGGAUAGUUGGCCUCUGAAAAUACUAGAUCUAGCUCUCGGAGAGUCUUAUGCAAUAAAUGAAGUAGUUCAAUGUGUGCACAUUGGUUUGUUAUGUGUUCAAGAAGAUGCCGAUGAAAGACCUACAAUGACAGAUGUGAUGUUAAUACUCAAUAGUAAUUCUACGAACAACUGGUUAACACCCCAUCAACCUGCAUUUUAUCGUAGUAGUGGAAAUGAAAAGAUGCUGAGACAGAUAAAAUUGGAUCAAUCUAUGAGCGUAAAUGAAGUAUCAAUUUCUGAACUCUAUCCAAGAUAA